CCAAUUACAUACGUGUAUGUAUAUUAUAUAAUAUGUACAUCGAUGAUGUAGGUAACAUUGAAUCUCUCUCCACUAUCUACUAGCUACCUACCCUAGGUAGGUAGUAGGUAUGCAAUAGAAACCUAACCACAGUACGUCCCAUUAUCAAUCUUGAGGAGAUCUCCAGGAUAUUUAUUAGUUUACAGCUAUGACUACUCAAAUAGCCAGACAAGCAAGCUCGCAGUCACAAGAGGCCGUAGAUAUUGUCGAUCAAAGAUCCCCCCUCGUCUCUCAUAGAGACCCUCACACCACGAACCACUCCCAGGACAGCCCUAAACUUCCCAUCACGCCACCAUCUCAGGCUCGAAGCAGGUUUCCAAUAGUUGAUAGCUACGAGCUUGCAUUGCUUGAACAGGCCAGUCGUCAUUCAACUAAUAUGAACACGGCUAUUGUGCCUCUAGAGGCUUCGAGCUCGCCUACCCGUGUGCAGGGCUUAAAACGUAAUCGAAUGGAAAAUGAGGUAGCCAAUAAUGCCGAUCGAUCUAAACGCCAAUUAUCAUCAUCUACAACACUAGCAUCUAGUCCGUUCCUGACCCUCAGGGUUACAAAAUCUAGCCCCAUAAGCAACCGAAUUACCUCCCCCAUGACAAGGGAGUAUCCAUAUAGUUCUAGCUAUAACGAUAUAACACACCGGCAGGCUAUUAGACCUAAAGAAUCACUAGAACAAGCUUCUACUAUAGAACAAUUAACUUGGCAUCCCACUUAUAAGCUAUACAAACAUGAACAUCAGUCGAAUCACUCUCACAACCAGUCUAGUACCUUAACAAGUGCUAGCCUGUUAAACGACACGAGAUCCCAGAGCGAGAUGAACAGUAACCACGGCUCAGAAGGAGAACCACUUAUGCCAGAUAGUCCCCAGACUGGAAUCGGCACCAUCCACGGUGAGGACUACCCUUUAGAUGGUGGUCUAAAUGAAGAGGAUAUGGUAAACCUUCUAGACACAGGUAUGGCCGACUUCCAAGAAACGCACAUGCCACCGUCUAGCGUCAUUCAAGCUUGGGACCAUGGCUCGAGAUCGGCUGCAGAAUACGAUCCGACUCUGCAAUGCUCGUCACCAUCAUCUUCCUCAAAAUCACCGAAGGAUUCGCGAAUGAUGUGCAUGACUAAUAAAUUUGAAGACGACCAAGACUAUCUCCUUGACGAAGAUGUCGAUUGGAAUAUUGUAUAUUCCAUCACAAGCACGAUGAAAAAAGAUCAAUCGACGGCUAUGCCUACGGGCCUAGCACAUCCGAUUAUAUCAGACAGUGAUUCUUGCAAGGGAAAACCUGUUGAGCAAGACUUUCAUGGUGAGACGACACUACCUUUGAAAUCAUUUCUCCGGCCCCCUUUUCCCGGAAAGGUUCGUGACCGUUCUGUCGUCCCCGGAUUGUCAUCAGAUAUCGUGUUGCGAACUUGCUUUCGAACAGGAGUAAUGAUUAACCAAGCAGCGCGUUGCUUUGACAGCCAGCAGGAUGUUGUCUUCGAGUUGUAUGCACGAGUGACAUACUCGAAUCGCGCAAGCCUCGAAAGGAGACAGCAUUUUCAGUUCCUUGACCUAUUCAAAGACCUGCGCCCAUGUCCUUCAGGGGCCCUUGUGAAUUGGAGAGUCGGAAGUCAGCUGGAUAGACAGAGUUCGGCCUUCUUAAGCAUGAGCAACGGGCCUAAACUGUGUCGCUGCAUCUGCAAGCCCAUUAAAGACCCCAUAAUUCCAAACGGGUUAUACUUUGCUAUUCUUUCUAUUUCGGAAACCAGCUGGAAACAAAUCGAAUGGAGAAAGAUGGUAGUCUGUGGGAGCUCAGAUGAGAAAUCUUGGAGAGAUGAAACCUAGACGAUGGAUGGGUUUUGUAGGUAGGUACCUAGGCAUAUGGCCUGCAUAUAUGUAUUCGUAGAACAUGGAAGAAUCAAUCUGCUUUCGUGCCGCUGUGGGAGAGAUGGGCUUUAUUAAUGAUGUACAGGACCAAUGGAACAGCUGAAAAUAAAAACAUUCACUGAUGAAUACAUAAAACUAGGUACUCUUCUUGUAUUUGGAGAGUCCUGGGCUAGAAUCGUGCCGCUCAGGUCCGAGAGGCGGAACAGCAUGGGCGGUUAGAAGACAUCUGAAUGUCUCACUACCUAAGCAGCAUUACUUAUUAUGUACAUGUAUACAUAUAGCAGGCUUUGAAGCAAUCUGGACCUGCCUAGGGUAUGAAGCUGAAGCAAAGCAAAAAGCAAAAGAAAAAAGAAAUCAAAUGUACCUAGGGCAAGCCCUAAGUUGGAAGAAAGGGGGAGAAAGCAUUAUACAAGUGCAUUGUACUAUGAUUGACAAUACCUAGUAUUGUAGCCAUGUGGGGGAGUAUCGUACUGGUAUUAUAUGUAUGCCUGUAGUAGGCCCUGUACAUCCAUGUAUGUGAUAUAGUAUAUAAUAUAUGUAAUUCG